GAUCAAUUUCAGUGACGAUUGUAAUUUUGACAAUAUAUUCGAAGCUUAUAAAAAGCAUUAAACAUACAAAUUCAGUACAGUCCAGUGACUUCAAAAUUAGUUGAUUUGUAAAAAGAUAUCAGAGAAAAUUCCUUACCCUAAGUCAGUAUUCUUUAUAAUCAGCAAUGAAUUUUGCGAACGAUUCUGCUACUAUGGCAUGCGAGGGCUUCUCACUAUUGGGUCUUAUGAUCAUAGGCAUAGGCACCGGUGGUAUUAAACCAUGCGUCGCAGCAUUUGGAGGAGACCAAUUUCGCCUACCUCAACAGGCGAAGGAACUAGAGAGGUUUUUUUCAUUGUUUUACUUCUCUGUCAAUGCUGGAGGUUUGCUAUCUAUGUUUGUCACUCCCAUUUUAAGAAAUGAUGUACAUUGCUUCGGUAAUAAUAGCUGUUUUCCUUUGGCUUUCGCAGUUCCUGGAAUUCUGAUGGUAAUUGCUGUAGUCAUCUUCGCCGCAGGACGACCAACGUAUAGAAUCAAAAAACCAGAGGGCAACGUUAUAGUACAAGUUACAAAAUGUAUUGCGUGUGCAAUAAAGAAUAAGCUGAAGUCCAAUGAGAAAAAGGAACAUUGGCUUUAUUAUGCAGAAGAAAAAUAUGGACAAAAAUUAGUAAACGAUACUAAGGUAACACUCCAUGUUUUGGUUCUCUUUCUUCCGCUGCCGAUUUUCUGGGCUCUCUAUGAUCAGCAAGGAUCGGGUUGGACCUUAAUGGCAGUGAGAAUGGAUGGCAACAUUGGAUUUUACACAAUUUUGCCAGAUCACAUGCAAAUCGUCAACCCUUUGUUAAUUUUGGCUUUUAUUCCACUGUUUACCUACUACGUUUAUCCACUUCUAGGGAAAUGUAACUUACUGAAGACUUCUCUGCAGCGAAUAGCUUGUGGAGGACUUUUAGCAGCUGUCGCUUUUGCUGUUUCUGCCUUUGUCAUGAUUGCUAUUGAAAAAAAUGAUCCAGUAUUGCCAUCAGCUGGUUUCAUACAAUUAAGGGCGUAUAAUCCGUCAAGCUGUACUAUGUCUGUUAGCACCGAUAUAUCAGAAAUAAAACCAUUUACCUUAGAUCCAACAUCUUCAUAUAUGAAUCGGUAUAUUGAAUGGAGUGGAAGUAAAUCUGUAACAUUUACAUUUAAGUCUAAUACUAAAGAAUGCCCAGAUGGUGUACAAAUAAUUUCUCUAGAGGAAAAGAACGCCUAUGGUAUUUUUAUCCAAUCAAAUGGAACGAUCCGCUUUUACGAAGAUGACGUUGCUAAGAGCAAAACUGGUUUUCCUUUAGUGAGAACUUUACCUUAUACUGAUAUAGAUGUUACGUACACGUUGAAAAAGAAAUCAAUUAAUAUAAAUUCAGGAAACAUAUCUGCCAAAGAAUUUUUCAGUCCUGGUCUUUGGUCAGUAGAGGUAGGAGAGAAACAAUUGGACAAAACUCUACACUUGGAACUUGGUGGAAUAUAUGCUGUAAUGCUUAAUGAGAAACAAAUGGAUUAUGCGAUAGUGACAAAACCCAAUGCAGUCCAUAUAGCUUGGUUACUUCUUCAAUAUUUUAUUAUAACUGCUGCAGAAAUUAUGUUUGUCAUCACAGGAUUAGAGUUUUCAUACUCUCAAGCCCCGGCCUCAAUGAAGUCUUUAGUGCAAGCUUGCUUUUUAUUGACCACUGCAUUUGGAAACUUGAUUAUUGUCAUUAUAUCAUCUAUGGAGAUUUUCGAGAAAAAGAGUAACGACUUUUUCUUUUAUUGUGGACUGAUGGUGGCCGAUAUGUUGAUCUUUUCGUGGCUGGCAAUGAGGUACAAGUAUAUCAAGAAGGAAGAAUCGCCGCCAAGCUCAGAAAACCUUCCUAUAUCAAAUUAACGAAACUCCAGCGGAGGUAUACAUAAUCCAUGCUUCGUAAAAAGUUCCAACAAUUUUAAUAUUAAGGAAAAACAACUCGACUUUUCAACUGCGAAAAUUGAAUUUAGAGACCAUAUUCACAACCAAUGUACUGAUGAUUUAAUAAUCAAGAAUUCCGAAUUUAAAAAAACAUAACAAUAACAUAAAAUUCGAGUGAUCUUGAGAUGAAAAAAGAUUAAUUUUUUUUUGUAGUUAUCCAUUUUAUGUAUUAGUUACAUAAAUAUAUUUUGUAUAAGUCAUUUAUUUGACUUUAAAAUAUAGAAUACCUUAGUAUAUUAUUUUCUAUAAAUAUCACUUCAACCUACCUCCAAUAUUGAAAGAAAUAGACAAAUAGACAAAUGUAAAUAU